CCACGCCGCGCGCUGGUUCGGUCUGGCGUGCGCCAGCUUGGCUGGCGGCUUCGCGCCUGGAGGCCGUGCCGGAAGGCGGCUGUUUGCUUUCCCGCCGUUUCCAGGGCCUCGUGAGAGAACCGGAUGGUCUGAGCUCUGAAGCGCGGGAUCCCGAGCUGAAUGGAUUGGUUUCAUUGCAACCAGUGUUUCCGAAAGGAUGGGGCCCAUUUCUUUGUCACCAGUUGUGGCCAUAUUUUCUGUAAAAAGUGUAUGACUCUGGAAAAAUGUGCUGUGUGUGGAAGUCAUUGCAAGCACCUGGCUCUUUCUGAUAAUUUAAAGCCUCAAGAGAAGAAGUUCUUCAAAAGUCCUGUAGAGACAGCUUUGCAGUGUUUUAGUCACAUCUCUCAGGUGUGGUGUUUCCAGAAGAAACAAACCGAUCUUCUUAUUGCCUUUUACAAGGACAGAAUUGCAAAAUUAGAAGCAGCUGUGAAGGAGGAGCUUUUUCACUUACCAUUAGCCCUAACCCUAAAAUAUAUACAAAAAACCUUUGAUGCCAUUUCCUUCACACUGGCCUCUAAAUCCCUUUUGGAUUAUCUCACUGGCUCAUAUUUAUGCUUUCCAGAAACCCCUUCACCAGCUUCAACUCGUAGCCUCUCUUACAGACCUUCAUCUGCCUCCUCUGGGCAGGGGGUUUCUUUUAGACCAUUCCUCAGUGGGGACUCAGGCCACACAAGAGUCCUUACUCCCAACAAUUCUGGUCAGAGGGAGAGCAGAGCCACACCAGAGAAUCUUCCUGGUUUCCAACUUCCGGUCCUACAGACAUUCUCCCAACAGAGGCAGAUGGGACUAGCCAGGAGAGAAGGAUGGAGCAUUUCCAGAUAGACACCCAUCUUCCAGGUUCCAGAACAGUGGGAUGAGCAAGUGGAGUUACAGCCUGCUGUCACUACUGAAGCAUCAAUAAAUCUUGUCGUCUGA